GACAAGUGUUCACUUCCAUCUUCACAUCUUCAGGGUGUGUUGUGCCUUCUUUGUGUCAGUUUCUACCAUUGAUUGAACUGCUGCAAAUUUAACAAUAUUGCUGCACAAUUGGACUUGGAACUCCAACGAGGAACGGGAAAAAGAGAAGAUGAUUCUUCUUAUAUUCCUUCUCUUAUGUGCAGAAGAGGUGAGAACAACGUCGGCCUCAACCACUAGUGCAACAACAGUUGACUCAACCACAUUACCGGUCAACCUAACAUCCACACCAGGCAAUGGAACCUCAAAUCCACCAAUCACCACAAUGUCUCCAGUGAAUGCCACUUCGCCAAUCAACAUGACUUCACCACCAAUCAAUGUGACGUCACUACCAGUCAACAUGACUUCCCCAACAGUCAAUCCAACCUCUCCAACUGUCAACAUGACGUCACCACCACUAAAUAUGACUUCCACACACUUCAACAUGACCUCAACAGUCAACCCAACCUCAAAACCAGUCAACAUGACUUCUUCACCACCAGUCAACAUUACUUCAACACCAGGUAAUAUGACCUCACCAGUAAACCCCACCUCAAUAGAAGUCAAUUUGACAUCACCACUUCCCAACAUUACUUCACCACCAGUCAAUAUGGCAUCAACAGUCAACAUUACUUCAACACCAGUCAAUCCCACCUCAUCACAAAUCAACAUGACAGCACCAGUCAACAUUACUUCACCAUCAGGAAACUUUACUUUACCACCAUUCAACAUGACAUCACCAGUCAACCCGACCUCAUCACCAGUCAACAUGACAUCACCACUUCUCAACAUUACUUCACCACCAGUAAACUUUACUUCACCACCAGAAAAUAUGGCAUCACCGUUCAACCGCACCUCAUCACCAGUCAACAUGACGUCACCACCACACAACAUCACCUCACUUCCAGUAAACUUCACCACAUCACCAUUCAAUCCCCACUCAUCACCAGUCAACAUGACAUCAACACUUCCAAACAUUACUUCACCACCAGUCAACAUGACAUCACCAGUCAACCCCACCUCAUCACCAGUCAACAUGACAUCACCACCACCACACAACAUCACCUCACUUCCAGCAAACUUCACCUCAUCACCAGUCAACAUGACAUCAACACUUCCAAACAUUACUUCACCAGCAGUCAACAUGACAUCACCAGUCAACCCCACCUCAUCACCAGUCAACAUGACUUCAUCACCAGCAGUUGACAUUACUUCAGCCCCAGGUAAUAUGACCUCGCCAGUAAACCCCACCUCAAUAGAAGUCAACUUGACAUCACCACUUCCCAAUAUUACUUCACCACCAGUCAAUAUGGCAUCAACAGUCAACAUUACUUCAACACCAGUCAAUCCCACCUCAUCACAAAUCAACAUGACAGCACCAGUCAACAUUACUUCACCAUCAGGCAACUUUACUUUACCACCAUUCAACAUGACAUCACCAGUCAACCCCACCUCAUCAUCAGUAAACUUGACAUCACCACCAGUCAAUAGUACAUCACCAGUUAACCCAACUUCACCAUCUGUCAGCAUGACAUCACCACCAGUCAACAUGACAUCACCAGUCAACCCAAUCUCACCAUCAGGCAACUUUACUUUACCACCAUUCAACAUGACAUCACCAGUCAACCCCACCUCAUCACCAGUCAACAUGACAUCACCACUUCCCAACAUGACAUCACAACCAGUCAACAUGACAUCACCAGCCAACCCCAUCUCACAAUCAGUCAACAUUACUUCACCAUCAGUCAACCCAACCUCACCAUCAGUCAACAUUACUUCACCAUCAGUCAACCCAACUUCACCAUCAGUAAACAUGACAUCACAACCAGUCAACAUGACAUCACCAGCCAACCCCAUCUCACAAUCAGUCAACAUUACUUCACCAUCAGUCAACCCAACCUCACCAUCAGUCAACAUUACUUCACCAUCAGUCAACCCAACUUCACAACCAGUCAACAUGACAUCACCAGCCAACCCCAUCUCACAAUCAGUCAACAUUACUUCACCAUCAGUCAACCCAACCUCACCAUCAUCAACAUGA